AUGACCAGCUUUACUCCCCUCAUCACAGUCUUCGGAGCGACUGGCAACCAAAGUGGCGCCGUUGCCAGAUCACUCCUCAAAAACCCAUCCUUCACGGUCCGCGCUCUCACUCGAAACCCCAGCUCAGCUGCCAGCCAGGCACUGGCCGCCCACGGGGCAGAAAUCCACCAAGCAAACGGGUUCAGCAGCGAGUCAAUGGUCGAAGCCUUCCGUGGCUCCUGGGGCGCUUUUGUGAAUAUCAAUUCAGAUGAUAAGGCAUUCAAACUCGAUGGUCCCACGGAAUUCGACAUGGGCAAGACGAUCGUGGACGCAGCAGCCCACGCCGGAGUCCGUCAUUUCAUCUUUAGCACUGGUCCAGACUGCUGCAAGCUUACCGGAGGCAAGAUCAAAAUAAAUGCCGCAGACAUGAAGUGCAAGAUCGAGCAAUACGCCCGUAGCAUUCACCGCUUUGAAACCGUCAAUUUCAUUUGCGCUGCCUGGUUUCUAGAAAACUUUCUGGUAAAGGACAUGGCACCCAUCUUCGGCGGUUUUCCCUAUGUGCCUGAUUCCGAAGGGUAUCUCACUUUUGUUGCUCCCAGAUGGGGUGAGGAGGAGGAGAUUCCCUUCAUCAGCAUUUCCGAUGACUUCGGGGACAUUGUGCAGGGCAUUUUUCUUGAUCCCGUUAGGUGGAAUGGCCAAGUCAUCCACGGCUGCAGUGAUAUUUGCAGCUUUGAUCAUGUUGUGUCCGCUUUUGAGAAACUGAGCGGACGGAAAUGCCGCUUCCAGCCGCUGCCCUCCUGGGAAGACUUUGAUACCCACGGGAUCCCUGAGUUAGAGGACACGAAAAUGAUGUUUGGGUUCACACAGAACAACCAGGGACAUUACUUUGGCCCUGAGCCGUCAGAGAAGGGCACUGCUGGUACACUGAAACUGGAAACUGCAUUGGCCCUGGGACGGGCCAAGGAGAAGCACAAGUUGAUAACAGUUGAGGAAUGGUUCAGAAAGCACUUUCGGUUCUAG